AUGGCGAUAACGUUCACUCCUUCCAUAUGCGAGUCGUUGUCCAUCCCAGUCUCUUCCUGGGACAUCCACCACACAGGUGGAUAUGUCCAAGUCAAGUUUCGAGCGACACUUGACGUGAAAGAGUUUCAGCGACUCGGACUCGGGCUUGGGAGUAAACUCCAAGUGUGGUCGGAUUUCUCCUCUGAUGGAGGCGAGUGGAGCGAGAUGGACUUUGAGGUGGAUGACCAAGACGGAAAUUUAUCUUGUGUGUUCAACGUCCCAUUCCCACUCUUGGCCACGAGAGACUUUUCGUUUUCGUUCACCUAUCGGAUUUCUCAUCAUCAUCAUCAUGCCUCACCACCAUGGGUCGAAUGGCUCGGUUCGUACGCGCAAAACGGGGUUGUGAGAAUCUAUCUUGAGGAGGAAAACGACUCCCAGGCCUUGUCGCCAGUUCCGGCGUUGGUGUUGGGCCAGGGGUGGCUUCCUUCGUCCUCUUCUAGAUCUUCAAGUUUGUCGUGCUCUUCUAGACAAGCUUUGACGGUAAAAGACACCGAGGGAAAGUGGCGGUUGGUGUUGGCUGUUGGGAGAGAUGGCUAUUCCACAUCAACUACGAAGGGAGAAGCUUCGAUGUCAUUCCUAGUACCAACACGCGACGAUAGAGACUCGAGGUCUCUAUUGAUUCGUCCACAAAUACAGCUGCUUGCAGUUGCCGCAGGCCCCGAAUCUGCCCUCCUCUUUUCACACAAUUCGGGAGAUAUCGAGGUCACGACUGUGUCGUCAGACGGAGGCGAAUCGUCAGUGGUGGUACUUCAGGCUUUCAGGGACUCGGACUCGGACGUCGAUUCAACUUGGGAUAGCCUCGUCCGUCACUCCUUUAACCUAAAUCAGAACAGACCGCGCCUAGUUUCUCUUGAUGACGGGAAGAGAAUCGUCGCUCUGGCUUCUUCACCGCAGAUCUUCCCUAUCGAGCUUACACUCUUUCCUCUCACCCGCUGGCGGGAUGAAGGUGUCGAGUCGAAGGAGUUGGGGCUAGCAUCUCUCAUCGGAGUCUCUGGAGCAUUGGCUAUGUUCUCAGAGUCUGAGCCUACUCCUAACAUCACCACGUUAAAUGACAACUCGGAUUCUCUGCCCGUGUUAAAGCCUGUCAAACUCAGCCCUUUUACCCCGCUUUCAACCAACGACAAUGUUUCGAUAUGCGUUUUGACUCCUCACCAAAGCAAUAAUCUCGAUCUUCUUCCUACUGUUGCGGGAACCGACAGGAAGAAUGAUGGAAAUGGGGACGAAGAUGCUGAAGCUCUACCUACUCCUCCUCCGUCUCCCCAGCUACGACCUAUAUCACAUUUAAAAGGGGGGAAAGGGAACGAGAGUACGGCGUCGAUUUCGGAUAUUGGGAUAUUGAGUAGGGUUGAUACGCCUGCUGAACGAUCGAACUCGAGGUUGGAUCUCGUGUCUGUGUCCUCGUCUUCUUCUUCCUCUUCUAGGAGUGGAUCGAGUGAAGUUUUGAAAAGGCCACCCGGGUUGAUCGCAUGUCUAGGGCACUUUUUAUUUGCGUCGAGUUUUUUCUUGAUUAUUUUGGUUCGAAGGGUGUUGUUUGGGGGUGGAGGUGGAAGGAAAGAUUCGAGUUCUAGAAGGUGGGGGAUUGGGUCCGGGACAGCGAGGUAUCAUUCGCCUUCUGGGUCAGGGUAUGUGACGCCCAAUCGCGAAAGCGGACAAGAAAGGCGGGUCGAUGGGACGACGGCACCGUUACUUUCUGGAACUUCUCAGUCUGUGAACGACGAUGGGAAUGAGGUCCUGCUUCCAUCUCCAGAACGAAAAUUGGAACCAGAUCCGGUUGUUGUGACACUGACUAGUGCACCCCCACUGGCUACUCCCAAUGUGUUGUAUUUCACUCGUUCCUUCGAUUUGCUUGAUACCGCUUCCGCCAUUAAUCACGCAGUGGUGUUGCGUGGAAUUGUUGACUUCAAGUUAACCGACAAGGUGAAGUUUGAAGUUGAUGAUCAGCCGAUUGGUAUUCGCGAUGUCAAGAGUAUUCAGGGCGAGCCAGAUGUUUUGUUUGUGGAGUUGGAGUGGAGGAAGAGUGGACAGUUGACUGUCACCUAUUGUGCUUGA